UUUCCGAAUUUUAUCUCUCAAAUAGAAAAAUUUUAUACAGAAUUAAUGAUCACCUAUAUCGGAUUUCUAAUGGUCGCCUUUUUCCAAGGCUGUGACCCUGUGGCACUUAAGGAAGUCAAAACAAUGGAUCAAUUGACUAUUUUAAUGGCUAAUAGAAUUUUUGAAGGCAUUCCUGGACUUCCUGGACUCUUCUUGGCUACAAUAUUUUCUGCUACAUUAAGUACAGCAAGUAGUGGGAUUAAUUCAUUAACUGCCGUACUAUGGGAAGAUUUUUUAAAAGAUUCAAAGUUUGGACAGAAAUUAACAAAUAAUCAGACGUCUAUACUGAUGAAAUUGAUUUCGGUAUUUUUCGGCAUUUUAGCAACCUCAAUGGCUUUUGCCUGUUCCAACUUUGGGGGCAUCUUCCAAAUAAUUUUAACAACACUAGGAGCAAUCUCAGGCCCCCUAGUAGGCCUCUUCUUCCUCGGAAUAUUCUUCCCAAGAGCUAACAAAUUUGGCGCUUUUAUUGGCUUAACUAUUGGAAUAUCUGUAAUGAUAAUUCUCUGCAUACUUUCUAAUAUAAACCAGCCUUAUAAAAAUUUUGUUAUUACAACUUGGAAUUUAAAAAAUAAUUUCACAUCUGUCGGGUGUUUAAAUUAUGAUGAUGAAAUGGAGAAUUUAAAGAGGAAGUUAAGGUAUGAAGAAUAUUCAAAGCAAAAUAAUAUCAAUUAUCGUUAUGGGAAUCCGGAAAGUUUGUUGCUAAGUCGGCUAUCUCCUUUUGCAUAUUCACUUUUACCUUACUUCUAGUCCUAAUUAUUGGUGUUACUUUCAGCCUACUAAUUAAAGAAAAAACAACUCCAGAACAAAAAUGGCUCUCAUUAGCCUGCACUUGGAAGGGAGUUAACCUCCCCUUACAAAAUCAAAAAUCGUUGGAAUUCGAACAAAGCCAAAAAUCCUUGCUUUCGCAUUCGAGAAUAGAUGAAUAUGCUAAUAAAGAAGAGAAUGAAAUACCGAUUAAUUUAAAUAAAGUU